AUGGAUGUGGAAAAAGGUAGCAUCCGAGAUGAGGACGUGAAGAGCCAAAACGCACUUUUCACAGUAUCUGUCCCCAAGGAAUUGUACCUGGUAGACCAUGGCAGCAACGCGACCCUGGAAUGUGACUUUACCACCGGAGGGCCUGUGACACCUGAAGCACUGCAAGUCUAUUUUCAGAAGAUGGAAAACGGCACCUCCUUCAACAACAAUGAAAGAGUCCAGUUUCUGGAGGAGCAGCUGCCGCUGGGGAAGGCCCUGUUCCAUAUCCCCCGAGUCCAAGUGAGGGACGCGGGCCGGUACCGCUGCUUGAUCAUCUUUGGGACUGCCUGGGACUACAAGUACCUGAUGCUGAAGGUCAAAGCUUCCUACAAGACAAUCGACAUCCGUGACCGCCAGGUCCCCAGCACAGGUGAGGUGGAACUCACCUGCCAGGCUGAGGGCUACCCCCUAGCAGAAGUGACCUGGCCGAAUGUCAGCGCUCCUGCCAACACCAGCCACACCAAGACCCCUGAGGACCUCUACCAGGUCACGAGCAUUCUGCGCCUAAAGCCACAGCCCGGCCAGAAUGUGAGCUGCGUGUUCUGGAAUCCGUAUGUGAACGAGCGAACAUCAGCCGUCAUCGACCUGCAAGAUCAGAGGAAACCUGAGGACCCAAGAUCCCCGCUGCUCCCCAUUGCCAUCCCUGCCUGCAUCAUCGCCCUCACGUUCACCGCUGCACUGAUUGUCCUAAGAAGAAGAAUCUGCCUGAAGCUGCCCUCUAGAAAAGUGUCUUCGAGUGACCAGCCGGGCACUUUACUCUGGAUUCAGCAACCAGGCCUGGUGCACCUGGCCCUGCGCGUGGAGGAGGUGACAGCGCCCUCACUGUUCCCGCUCUCGCCUCUCAGCCUGAGUUCGGAGGAAGCACAGUGGCACUUUACAAACACCCUCCGCUGA